UUCAUAGUUGUAAGAUUGUAGACCAGAGCGACACUAUUGAACAUUUUUCCUCCCAAAAUUAGGACACCUGUUUACUAUUCCUCCAUUAUUCUGCUAUGGCUAAAGGAGAAGGAGGUGAGCAAUACUCUAAGGCCAGUUUAUUGAAUAAACCAGUCAGCUCGGAUGGACUCACGCGCUCUAAAAAGCGUGAACCUGGUAACAGAUUGUCAGUCUGCAACAAGAUAUGCUACGCCAUCGGUGGAGCCCCCUACCAGAUCACAGGAUGUGCCCUGGGAUUCUUCCUGCAGAUCUAUCUGCUGGACGUAGCUCAGCUGGAUCCCUUCUAUGCCUCCAUUAUUCUGUUUGGGGGCCGAGCAUGGGACGCCGUAACGGACCCGACAGUGGGCUUCCUGGUCUCCCGGAGCCCAUGGACGCGUUUUGGACGCAUGUUGCCGUGGAUCGUGCUCUCAACCCCUUUGGCCGUGAUCUCCUAUUUCCUCAUAUGGUUCGUUCCUCCCUUUGAGGACGGCAAAAUCAUCUGGUACCUUAUUUUCUACUGCAUCUUCCAGACGCUUCAGACUUGCUUCCAUGUGCCAUACUCUGCCCUCACCAUGUUCAUCAGCUCAGAGCAGAAAGAAAGAGACUCGGCCACCGCAUACAGGAUGACGGUGGAGGUUCUGGGUACUGUUAUUGGUACAGCUAUCCAGGGGCAGAUCGUUGGUAUGGCCAACGCUCCCUGCCUCCCAGGGCCCGGUGACAUCGCGGGCAACCUGAGCAACUCCUCCCUGUCUGCCGGACUCAAUGCGUCGGGGUCGGUCAUUUCCCUGGAUGACACGAAAACGGCCUACAUGAUUGCCUCUGGUGUCAUCUGCAUCAUCUAUGUCCUCUGUGCUAUUGUGCUUUUCCUCGGUGUGAGAGAGCGAAAAGAGUCUUGUCGUCCCAAGUCGCAGCCCAUUGGUUUCUUCCAGGGGAUUAAGCUGGUGAUGGGACAUGGACCGUACGCCAAACUAGUCAUGGUCUUCCUCUUUACCUCGCUAGGCUUCAUGCUCCUGGAGGGAAACUUUGCCCUGUUCUGCAGCUCAACACUGGGCUUCAGAAACGACUUCCAGAAUAUACUGUUAGUCAUCAUGCUGUCCGCUACUCUGGCCAUCCCCUUCUGGCAGUGGUUCCUGACCCGCUUUGGAAAAAAGACGGCGGUCUGCACUGGAAGCUUGUCUGUGGUCCCCUUCAUGAUCCUGGUGGUGUGUGUCAAGAGUAACCUGAUCGUCACCUACAUUGUCUCCUUUGCUGCCGGCGUCGGAGUGGCCGCAGCCUUCCUGCUGCCCUGGUCCAUGCUGCCAGAUGUCGUCGACGAUUUCCAAGUUCAGAACCCCGGGGCCACCGGCCACGAAGCUCUCUUCUAUUCUUUCUACGUCUUCUUCACCAAGUUCGCCUCCGGAGUCUCCCUCGGCAUCUCCACUCUCAGUUUAGAUUUUGCAGGCUACAUCAGUAGAGGCUGCUCUCAACCAGAAGAAGUGGAUAUGACCUUGAAGGUGCUGGUCUCGGCCGCACCCGUCGCUCUUAUCCUAAUCGGCCUCAUCAUAUUGUACUCGUAUCCAAUCACUGAGGAGAGGAGGCAAGGCAACCGCAAACUGCUCCAGGAACUAAGGGACAGCGAGGCAGAUUCAGAGACUGACUCGACAGAACUGGCCAACAUGAUCUAGAUCAUUUUAUAGACCUUUGGACCAAUGGAUUGGUCGACUGGCAUUUUGCACUGGGCGGGACCAACUUACCAGGGCCUGUCGGAUCAAACAAACACUGCCUCGUCCAAUCACGCUGCUGCUGCUGCUGCUCCACGUCUACAAAGAUUGAUAGACUCAAAGUGUCAUAAUCGCUUCAGCCACACUGAGGCCUUUCUAAAAUCAAACAAACAUCCUCCACAUUUGACAUUUACACAGCAUGAAACUCACUCUCCUCUUUUGUUCCUUCAGAUCUCAAAAGCCUUACUUUUUGUAUAACAUACUAAUUUUGAGCACCUUUUUGAAAAGAAUCUUUAUUUUUUAUUUUUUAAAAGGUUGUCCUUGUCCUCAGUUGAAAUUGCACUAAACCAUGAACUGUGAUGGGAGCAUGUAUUGUCGGUGCUGCCAUUACUGGCACUACAGUUUGUUUACUCGUACAUACCGCACGGAGCAUAAACGACCUUGAGCACUGCGCUAAAGACGACUUUAUAGUUCUGAGAUGUGAAACAUCGGGAGAAACUUUUAACAGUCAUAAUGCCUUAAUAUUCAGAACUGACAAAAUGAUAACGUGUGUCAAUCACUUGCUCUUGAUUCAUUGCCUUGGUGUGUAUGUUUGGACAUGUUUAAAUGAGUUUUGUAACUUUACAAUUAAUCCUCAUAGUUAAGUGUUUGUUUGCAUCUCAUUCCCAUCCCACUGACGGCUUCUUCUUUUAUAAUUUUUUAAAAGAAGCCAUCAUAAUGUGAUGUUUGAACUUGUGGCCAGACAGAAACAGCUUAAGAGCUUGUUUUCGUUCCCCACCAAAGUACCGAAACCACUACAAUAGUAAAAGCAGUUAGCUUGCAAUUACAUUACUUACACUAUCUUAUUUAUAGGACAGCUACUGAAGAUUGGGAAAAGCUUUUCUUUUUUGUAAACGCUUUAAUUUCCUUAAUACUGAGCAGAAUGGCAUUCACAGCCGGUACUGAUUUAGUUAUAUCAUUAUUUAAAUAUUUAUUAGUUUAUUGAUUUUACUGCUUUGGAAUUUAUGUUUGCUGGAAAGUCUUGCUUC